ACGAUGUCCACCAACGAGCGUUUCGACUGCCAUUACUGCAAGGACUCCCUGCUGGGGAAGAAGUACAUAAUGAAAGAGGACAUGCAGUACUGCACUAAGUGCUAUGAGAGCCUGUUCGCCAACUGCUGUGAGGGAUGCUCUUUACCGAUUGGCUGUAACUGCAAGGACCUUUCCUAUAAGGAUCGCCACUGGCACGAGCAGUGCUUCACAUGCGCCAAAUGCAGCCGCUCUCUGGUGGAGAAGGCCUUCGCCGCUAAGGAAGAUUUAUUGCUCUGCACCGAGUGCCAUGCCAAUGACUAUUCCUCCAAGUGUACCACCUGCAAGAAAACCGUCAUGCCAGGUUCCCGCAAAAUGGAAUACAAGGGGAACAGCUGGCAUGAGACCUGCUUCCUGUGCCACCGCUGCCAGCAGCCAAUAGGAACCAAGUCCUUCAUCCCCAAAGACACUGGCUACUUCUGCGUGCCCUGCUUCGAGAAGCAAUUUGCCUACCAGUGCUGUGCCUGUAAGAAGUCCAUCACAACAGGUGGAGUGACGUACCAGGACAAGCCGUGGCACCGCGACUGCUUCCUAUGCAUCGGCUGCAGAAAGCAGCUGUCGGGCCAGCGCUUCACCUCCCGGGAGAACUUCCCCUACUGCCUCGAAUGCUUCAGCAACCUGUAUGCAAAGAAGUGUGUGGGCUGCACCAAGCCCAUCACCAGUCUGGCAGGCGCCAAGUACAUCUCCUUCGAGGAGCGCCAGUGGCACAGCGAGUGUUUCACCUGCACACAGUGCUCCAUGUCGCUGGUGGGACGCGGCUUCCUCACCAAGCGCGACAACAUCUUGUGCACCGAUUGUGGCAGGGAGAAGUGA